CUUAAAAAAUGUGUUUCUACUAAAUUUAAUAUUGAAUCGGAAAAAGACAAAAAAGCCCUUGGAAAAUUAAAGAGAGGUGUACAUUUUGUGUUUGUUAAAACUUUUAUGAAGUUUAAUGAUGGAGAGCUGAUAAAGAUCGGAAAUAAAUUCUUUUCUGAUUUUGAAUUGAAUGAAUAUCCUUUUGCUAAAUAUUCCCCUGAAUUAAUUCGAUGUCUGCAUCGAAUUUACCCUUUAUUUGAUGAUGGAGAAAUAAAUGAAAAUAGAAAUACUUUUAAUGAAAACGUUAUAAAAUAUUUUAAGCAAAGAGAAAUUCACAAUCUUUCUAAAAAUAUUUUAUUUAAUAAAAACUUUCACAAAUGGUUUCUUUAUGAUUGGAUCUAUUUUAUGAUGGGGGAAAAUGGAAAAGCAAAAGAAAUAAAUUCAUCAACUGCUUCACAAUCGCAACCGCCUCUGGAUAACCAAAUUGUGACAACUCAGGAUAAUCAUGUCGAGAGUUAG